AUGGAGUCAUUUAAACUCUCAUUUACACUUGUUUGUUUCUUUACCCUAGCAAUUCUUCACACCAUCAAUGCCCAAAACUCCCAACAAAAUUACUUAGAUGCUCACAAUGAUGCAGCGCGUACUCCGGUGGGUGUCGCUGACAUCAUAUGGAAUGCCACUCUGGCUACCUAUGCUGAAAACUAUGCUAACCAGAGGAAAACAGACUGCAAUCUUGUCCAUUCUGGUGGACCUUAUGGUGAGAACCUUGCUAUAGGUAGUGGUAACUUCACAGGAACUGCAGCAGUGAAUUUAUGGGUAGCCGAGAAGACUUAUUAUGAUUAUGCCACAAAGACUUGUGCUAGUGGACACGUUUGUGGACACUAUACUCAAGUGGUGUGGCGUAAUUCUAAUCAACUUGGGUGUGCGAGGGUUCAAUGCACUAAUAAUAAUUGGUGGUUCGUUAUUUGCAGCUAUUAUCCUCGUGGAAACAUCAUUGGCCAAUCUCCUUACUAG